AGGCUGGAGCUUGGGGAAACCUGAGUGUCUUCUUUGGUGCUUCAGUUUGCCUGCCUGUAAAGAGCAGGUAGCAAAUGCUGCCUUUGGAACCUUGAAGGUUAACGAGACACAAGAUGGAAAGUUUCUGGAGCCCAGGAAUGGGGAGGGUGGACAGGUUCCUUCAGCCCCAGCCCCGCCCGAUGUCAGCCGAGGUACCUUGUCUGUCUUACAGCUGGAGUUUUGUGUGGUUGACCCUCGGUGUGACUGCCAUGGCCUUUGUGGCUGGAGCCCUGGGCUUCUGGGUCCCCAAAUUUCUGCUCGAGGUGCAUGUGGUCCACGGGCUGCAGCUUCCCUGCUUGCAGGAACCAUGCAGCAACCCUGACAGCCUGAUUUUUGGGUCACUGACCAUUAUAACCGGCGUCAUUGGGGUCAUCUUGGGGGCAGAAGUUGCAAAGAGGUACAAGAAAGUCAACCCAAGAGCUGAGCCCCUCAUCUGCGCCUCCAGCCUGCUCACUGCAGCCCCCUGCCUCUACCUGGCUCUCGUCCUGGCCCCGACCAACUUGCUGGUGUCCUAUGUAAGUGAGCGCCUCUGUGAAGGUGAGGACAGUGUCGGGGCUGAGGGCUCCUGUUUCCACAGGCUCACGCUGGGCCUGGCCUUUAUGUACGUUAUGUUAUGCCUUCCUUCUGAGUAGAGCUUGUCAUCCCCGUUUUAUAGAUCAGCAAAGAGAAGCUUGGCCGGGCACGGUGGCUCACGUCUGUAAUCCCAGCACUUUGGGAGGUCAAGGCGGGUGGAUCAUUUGAGGUCAGGAGUUUGAGACCAGCCUGGCCAAGAUGGUGAAACCCCAUCUCUUCUAGAAAUACAAAAAAUUAGCCAGGCAUGGUGGCGGGCACCUGUAAUCCCAGCUGCUCAGGAGGAUGAGGCAGGAGAAUCGCAUGAA